AUGGACAAAUGGACAGAUGAACAAACAAGUGGACGACAGACCAACAAAGAAGUAAAUGGUGCCAUGGAGAAAGUGAACACUGAGGCAGACUGUUUUGGUCAGGUCAUUGAAGGGCAACGAAAGCUGUGGAAGAAGCAGAUGUCCAUAUAG